GCUGCUACUCUUCAUCGCAAUGUCUGCUGGCGAUAUACGUUAUAGCUUGGUUGACUCGGCAGAGUCGAUGUCCAAUCUACUCACGUCGAUACAUAAUCUUCCGAUCGGUCUGCCGUCGCUCUUUGUAGACCUGGAAGGUGUGAGUCUCUCUCGUAAUGGCUCCAUUUCACUGAUUACCAUCUUUGUUCUGCCUCGAAGUCACGUCUACCUCGUCGACAUUCACACUAUGCAGUCUACAGCAUUCUCGACCGUGGUCGGAGGAACAACCCUCAAACAGAUUCUUGAGUCUCCGGACAUCACCAAAGUCUUUUUUGAUGUCCGCAAUGAUUCCGACGCCCUGUUUCAUCACUACCAAGUGAAUCUCAGCGGCAUCGAAGACGUGCAGCUGAUGGAGAACGCAGCUCGUCCGCGCGGACAACGGCGAUAUCUGAAUGGAUUAGAUAAGUGUAUCGGACUGUAUGCACCUCUGUCGCCGGAGGAGAAGGCUCACUGGAAAGCCGCCAAAGGAGCCGGGCUCAAUUUGUUCCAUCUUAGCAGAGGUGGAUCCUACGAAGUUUUCAACUCGCGACCGAUGUCUGCACCCAUCAAGAUUUGAUGCAUCAACGACGUGCGAUAUCUGCCCCACUUGAGGGAGACAUUGUGGCGGCGGC